UCCCUGCAAGGGCACCCUGCAGAGCCCACCACACUUGGGCCUGCUGCGGCUCCUCGGUACCGGUGGCAGCGGGAGCUGCCAGCUUUUUGGAAUUCCUAAUCGCUCCUGGCCCCGGUGAUUGGCUGUUCAGCUCUGACCCCACUUGGGCUGCCGCCUGGUUGGAUAAAAAGGGAAUCUCCUUGGGGCUCCAGAGCAUUAGACACCGGAGGGGGCACCUGGGACCAACUUCACGAAGCGGGAAGCCCGGCGGGAGGGGCUUGGGGGAGCAAAAGACCCGCGGCCUCAGCCCCUCCAAAGAACCGGGAGAUGACGGGGAAAGCGGGGGAAGCGCUGAGCAAACCCAAAUCUGAGACAGUGACCAAGAGUACCUCGGGGGGCGCCCCGGCCAGGUGCACAGGGUUCGGCAUCCAGGAGAUCCUAGGCUUGAACAAGGAGCCUCCCAGCUCCCACCCGCGGGCUGCCCUCGACGGCCUGGCCCCCGGGCAUUUGUUAGCUGCGCGCUCCGUUCUCAGCCCCGCAGGAGUGGGCAGCAUGGGGCUGCUGGGACCCGGGGGGCUUCCCGGCUUCUACGCACAGCCCACCUUCUUGGAAGUGCUGUCCGAUCCGCAGAGCGUCCACUUGCAGCCGCUAAGCAGAGCGUCGGGGCCGCUGGACACCAGCCAGACGGCCAGCUCCGAUUCCGAAGAUGUUUCCUCCAGUGACCGAAAAAUGUCCAAAUCGGCUUUAAACCAGACCAAGAAACGUAAGAAGCGGCGACACAGGACAAUCUUUACUUCCUACCAGCUAGAGGAGCUGGAGAAGGCAUUCAAUGAAGCCCACUACCCAGAUGUCUAUGCCCGGGAGAUGCUGGCCAUGAAAACGGAGCUGCCAGAAGACAGGAUACAGGUGUGGUUCCAGAACCGCAGAGCCAAGUGGAGGAAGAGGGAGAAGUGCUGGGGCCGGAGCAGCGUCAUGGCUGAGUAUGGCCUCUACGGAGCCAUGGUGAGGCACUCCAUCCCCCUGCCAGAGUCCAUCCUCAAGUCUGCCAAGGAUGGCAUCAUGGAUUCCUGUGCCCCGUGGCUGCUGGUUCAAGAUGGCUUUCCCAGGCGCUUUUCUAAACCCGAAUACCAACAAUUCUUUUUAGGGAUGCACAAAAAGUCGCUGGAGGCAGCAGCCGAGUCGGGAAGGAAGCCCGAGGUGGAACGCCAGGUCCUGCCCAAGCUCGACAAGAUGGAGCAAGAGGAACGGGCCCCGGAUGCCCAGGCAGCCAUCUCCCAGGAAGAACUGAGGGAGAACAGCAUUGCUGCCCUCCGAGCCAAAGCUCAGGAGCACAGCACCAAGGUUCUGGGGACUGUAUCUGGGCCUGACAGCCUGGCCAGAAAUGCUGAGAAGCCGGAAGAGGAGGAAGCCAUGGACGAAGACAGGCCAGUAGAGAAGCUCAGCCCACCGCAGCUGGAGGACAUGGCUUAGGUCAAGGGCUGCUCGCCUCGGAACUGCUCUUCUUGGGCCCUGCGCAGUGCGGGAAGUUCUCUCUGAGGCGAGGCCAUGUCUGGCUUCUGCCACACCUCCCCACACCUCAGGCUUGCAAUUACCCCCACGUCCCUAGGCAUAUGCCAGUUCUGGCCAUAGCUUUGGACCAUGCUGAGACAUCCUGGGCCUACUUCUGAUCCAGCAUCCUCAGCCUCAGCCCAGCUUCCCUGCCUCCAAAGCCUUCUUGCUACCCCAACAUUGAGAUCCUGCCACGUCAUCCCUGAGAGACUCUCGUCCAAGCCUACCCCUAUUCUCUGCUCUCUAAGCCUUCCUUCCCAGUUCAGCCCCCUUGUGGACUCCAGCCCACAGCCCGGCAGAGCUGGAUUGGAUGGAGGACCUGCUCCGUUGUCCUGAGCAUCCCAGUUCCUAGCAGGCAGGCCUUUCCCUCUCCACCUGGUCCUUCUUGCAGACCUGGACCCUGGGUCCUGCUGUGUGAAUACAUUGCUCAACUGGUCCACAUGGAGCCUCUGCAUUCUCUGCCCUGCCUACUGAUGGACAGAUUCAAGACUAGAUAGGGCAAGCCUCAGACUGAGUCCUUCCCCAAGGACUGAGUCUCAUGCCAUGUUGUAGAUCAGGCCUUUUUGGAUGGAGCCUGCCCUACAGGUUCCUCCUUUGCAGAGGUGGGCCACACCACCUUAUCAAUGUCUGGACCCUGCACUUCUCAGCAAUGCUGUGGCUGGCUAUACUGCUGGCAAGCCCUCACCCUGAGCUUUUGCACCCCAGGGCCUGUGUUUCUGAAGCAUUUUGACCUUUCUGCCUGUGACUUUGACUUACUGAUUAAGGCUUGCUUUCUCUAGAGCUUCUCGUAGCCCAGUGGUUCUCAAGUUUCCUAAUGGUGUGACCCUUUAAUACAGUUCCUCAUGUUGUGGUGACCACACCCCCAACCUUAAAUGUAUUGCAUUGCUACUUCAUAACUGUAAUUUUGCUACUGUUAUGAAUCAUAAUGUAAAUAUCUGAUAUGCAGAAUAUCUGAUUAUGUGACUUCCCCCAAAGGGGUCGUGACCCACAGGUUGAGAACUGCUGCUGCAGUCUAUUGGUUCAUAUGUGCCUGCUUUGGAGAAAACUGGUGCAGCUUAAAAGCCACAGACAUGGCCUCGUUUUGACCUAGGCAUUCCUAAAAGGCCAAGCCUAAAUCAGACCUGUGCUAUCUAUUGACACACACAGGUGCUCACACACACACAAACACCUAUACAUCUACACACACACACACACACACACACACACACACACACACACGAUGUAUAACAAGAAAGGUACAGGGAAAGCUCAAAGGACAACAAGGCAGGUAGCUAGUGAAAAACCCAGACUGAGUUACAGACAUUCAUAGCUCCAUGCCAGCUGUAUGCCCAGAAACAUGCCCAUAGAUAAGGAGCAGUGUUGGACUGAAAGACUUCUGCCUGUAAAGGAGUGGCACUGUCCAUAGAUGGCCUGUCUGCAGAAGAUGUCCCUUCCACCUGGCUUUAUACUUGUACUAGGGGUACACAGCCUUAUGGGAUUCCUCUGCUCCUGGUUUCUCAGGCCAACCACAAGACCCCCGUUAUCCUGUGAAGUUAGGUACCCUACCUACCUUUUUAGGGACCACUUCACAAGAAAGGCCUGAGGCAGUGAGUUGUGAUUUUAAAUCUGUUUUGACAGUUGAUUUCUUCUUCGUUCUCUUCAUAGAAUUCUCCCGCUUCCGAGGUCUUGUCUUCUUCCGGGUUGAGCCGUUAGACUAUAGUCCUGUAAAUAAUGUACAUAAUGUGAGAAGGAAGAAACUGGAUAUUGAGGUGUUUGAAACACUGAAUUGUCAUAACUUUUAGGUAUUCAAAGCAUAAUUUCUGUGCUGUUUUCUGUAAAGACACAAACAAGAAUAAAAUUCAUGCAAAAUG